AAACGACACUACACCACACCCACAAGAGAAGGGCCUCCAGCAGCCAUGGUCUUCUCCAUGCGGCCCCUCUCUCUUGCCUGCUCAAAACACUCCAGAGCACUCUCAUCCCUCAACAGGGCACUCGUCACUAAAAAACACCUCAAACGAGCCCUCACCACCUCCAUCCCAAGACAUGCAGGUGUCGUCGACCACAAACCAGACUUGCAGGACUACGCCAAUAAUGUCAUCUUCAAGCAACCCCUCAAAAAAGUAGACGUCAAAAAGGUCCUGGUCGUGGGCUCCGGUGGUCUCUCCAUCGGCCAGGCAGGGGAAUUCGACUACUCGGGCUCACAGGCCAUCAAGGCCCUCAAGGAAUCCCAAGUCGAGACAAUCCUCAUCAAUCCCAACAUCGCAACCAUCCAAACCUCACACUUCCUCGCGGAUGAAGUCUACUACCUCCCCGUCACACCCGAGUACAUCUCACACAUCCUCGAACGCGAACGGCCAGAUGGCAUCUUAUUGACAUUCGGUGGUCAAACAGCCCUCAACGUCGGUAUCGCUCUGGAUAAAAUGGGUAUUCUCGAGCGACUUGGCGUUAAAGUCCUCGGCACACCCAUCAAAACCCUCGAAACCUCGGAAGACCGAGACUUGUUCUCCAAAGCACUCGGUGAAAUCAAUAUCCCAGUCGCUGAAUCCGUUGCCGUGGAGACUGUCGAUGAUGCACUCAAAUCAGCCGCUCAGAUCGGUUACCCUGUCAUUAUUCGUUCCGCCUACUCACUCGGUGGUCUGGGUUCGGGUUUCGCUGAUAAUGAAGAGGAGUUGCGUGACUUGUCGGCUCGCUCACUCUCCCUCACCCCUCAAAUUCUCGUGGAAAAGUCACUCAAGGGCUGGAAGGAGGUGGAGUAUGAGGUGGUGCGCGAUGCUGCCAACAACUGCAUCACCGUCUGCAAUAUGGAGAAUUUCGACCCACUCGGUACACACACCGGUGAUUCCAUUGUCGUUGCUCCCUCGCAAACGCUCUCGGAUGAGGAAUACCACAUGCUGCGUACAGCUGCCAUCAAAAUCAUUCGGCAUCUCGGUGUUGUGGGUGAAUGCAAUUGUCAAUAUGCUCUGCAUCCGUCUGGUUUGGAGUACCGCGUGAUUGAAGUCAACGCACGUCUCUCGCGAUCUUCUGCAUUGGCGUCCAAAGCAACCGGUUACCCACUCGCGUACACUGCUGCCAAAAUUGCACUCGGACAUACACUACCGGAACUCCCCAAUGCCGUGACCAAGACCACUACAGCCAAUUUCGAACCGUCCCUCGAUUACAUUGUAACGAAAAUUCCUCGUUGGGAUUUGGCCAAAUUCCAAUACGUCAACCGCGAGAUUGGAUCUGCCAUGAAGUCAGUGGGUGAAGUGAUGGCCAUUGGUCGUACAUUUGAGGAAUCUCUGCAAAAAGCCAUUCGUCAAGUGGAUCCUGGCUUCAAGGGUUUCCAAUCACUCCCUGUCAAGGAUCUCGAUCAUGCCCUCGCUGUACCAACGGAUCAACGAUUAUUUGCCGUUGGCAAUGCCAUGCUCGAUGCCAAUUACUCAGUCGAACGUAUCCAUGAACUCUCCCGCAUCGACCCUUGGUUCCUCUACAAACUCGAAAAUAUCGUUCAAGUACAGCGUGAGUUGGAAGCUAUUGGAUCACUAUUUGGCUUGAAUCAAGAAAUCAUGCUGCGUGCAAAGAAACACGGUUUCUCAGAUCGUCAAAUUGCAGAUGCGGUUGGUAGUGAUGAACUCGCUGUGCGCGCUCGUCGAAAAUCCUUCAACAUCAAGCCUUGGGUUAAACGUAUCGAUACACUGGCUGCGGAAUUUCCGGCAAAUACAAAUUACCUCUACACCACGUAUAACGCCAGCACGCAUGACGUCGAGUUCAACGAGCAUGGCACCAUGGUUCUCGGUUCCGGUGUGUAUCGUAUUGGUUCUUCCGUUGAAUUUGACUGGUGUGGUGUUUCGUGCACGCGAGCGUUGCGCAAAGUUGGGAAAAAGACAAUCAUGGUCAAUUACAACCCGGAAACCGUUUCCACUGACUUCGACGAGUGUGAUCGUUUGUACUUUGAGGAACUCAAUUAUGAACGUGUCAUGGAUAUCUAUGAAAUGGAAAGCGCUGCGGGUGUUGUCGUGUCUGUUGGUGGACAAUUGCCACAAAAUAUCGCCCUCAAGCUGCAAGAACAAGGCGCCACGGUGCUCGGUACAGAUCCAAAGGAUAUCGAUUCUGCGGAGGAUCGUUACAAGUUUUCCCAAAUCCUCGAUAGUAUCGGCGUGGAUCAACCAGCCUGGAAGGAACUCAGCUCCAUGGAUGAAGCACGAGAAUUUGCCAAUGAAGUCGGGUAUCCCGUCCUUGUUCGUCCGAGUUAUGUGUUGUCGGGUGCAGCCAUGUCUGUUAUCCACUCUGAAGCUUCGCUUGAAGACCGUUUGACGAAUGCUGCUGCUGUCUCGCCAGAUCACCCUGUUGUCAUUACAAAAUUCAUUCAAGGCGCCAAGGAGAUUGAUGUGGAUGCCGUUGCCUCUAAGGGCAACUUGCUCGUCCAUGCAGUCUCGGAGCAUGUUGAGAAUGCCGGUGUACACUCAGGCGAUGCGACCCUCAUCUUGCCACCAAUUGGCUUGGAUGGUACACUCAUGGCUCGACUCAAGGAUAUCGCUGUGCGUGUUGCCAAGGGAUUCAAGAUUACAGGACCCUUCAACAUGCAAAUCAUCAUGGCAGAGAGCCCGUCAGGUGGUGAACCACUCCUCAAGGUGAUUGAAUGCAAUUUGCGUGCAUCCCGCUCUUUCCCCUUUGUCUCCAAGAUUCUCGGUACCAACUUUAUUGAUGUGGCUACACGUGCGUUGGUGGGUAAGAAUGUACCAGAGCCCGUUGACUUGAUGAAGGUGAAGCGCGAUUAUGUGGCCAUUAAAGUACCACAGUUCUCAUGGACGCGUCUCGCUGGUGCUGAUCCAUUCUUGGGCGUUGAAAUGGCCUCUACCGGUGAAGUUGCGUGUUUUGGUAAAGAUGUCAAGGAAGCUUACUGGACGGCCUUGCAAUCAACGCAAAACUUCAAGGUGCCGAAACCUGGAAAUGGUAUCUUGUUUGGUGGUGAUGUGACGAAGCCUGAGCUUGCAGAAGUCAGCAAAAUCCUACACCCCAUGGGCUAUAAGUUCUAUGCGAGUAACGCCGAAGUCCAAGCAACCAUCGACAAGGUGCUUGGCAAAGAUGCCGUCACCCUGAUUGAAUUCCCCAAGACCAACAAACGGCUACUGCGGGCAGUCUUCCAAAAGUAUGAGAUUGACUGUGUCAUCAAUCUGGCUGCGACACGAGGUCGUGAUCUCUUGGAUGAAGAUUAUGUCCAGCGACGCAACUGUGUCGACUUCAACAUCCCACUCAUCAAUGAUGCCAAGUGCGCUGUUCUCUUUGCUCAAGCACUCGAGGAUAAAGUGCCGACGUUGGGACAAGGCGGUGUGCCGACUGAAGUCAAGCGGUGGAGCGAAUUUGUCGGUGGCAAGAUGCUCUAGAUAUCGUGUGGACCCUGCUAUUUCCCAUUCUUAUCCCACUCCCCUGAUAUAGAUUAUUAUUACCUUUGCAUACUCUU